CCAUUGCCACAGCAGCCUUAAAGACUUCCAGAAGGCUUCCUUGUGUAACUCAUAUUUUCUAGCAGCUAAAACACCAGCUUCAAAGCCUAUUUGUUAGCCUGAUUGAGGAUAUAGAGAACUGGUGAUAUAAGACAGCAGUGGCAGCGAGGCAUGAAAGAGAAGAUCAUUUUCAGCAGUGUAUGAGACAUACUGAAGGAUAAUGCUACAAGGAUGGGAGUGACUUGGAAUCCGUUGGUGGCAGUGGAGGAGGAAAUGGCUGUUCCUAAUCACCUCUGCAUUCGUCGCUGGACUACCAAGCAUGUAGCUGUUUGGCUGAAGGAUGAAGGCUUUUUUGAAUAUGUGGACGUUUUAUGUAAUAAGCACCGACUUGAUGGAAUCACAUUACUAACUUUGACUGAAUAUGAUCUCCGGUCUCCUCCUCUGGAAAUCAAAAUCUUAGGGGACAUUAAAAGGUUAAUGCUCUCAGUCCGAAAAUUGCAGAAAAUACAUAUUGAUGUUUUAGAAGAGAUGGGAUACAACAGUGACAGUCCCAUGGGUUCCAUGGCACCUUUCAUCAGUGCUCUUCAGAGCACAGAGUGGCUCUGUAAUGGGGAGCCUUCACAUGACUGUGAUGGACCCAUCACUGAUUUGAAUUCUGAUCAAUACCAGUACAUGAAUGGUAAAAACAAACAUUCUAUUCGAAGAUUGGACCCAGAGUACUGGAAGACCAUAUUGAGUUGUAUAUAUGUUUUUAUAGUAUUUGGGUUUACAUCUUUCAUUAUGGUAAUAGUCCAUGAGAGAGUGCCUGAUAUGCAGACCUACCCACCACUCCCAGAUAUCUUCUUAGACAGUGUUCCUAGAAUUCCAUGGGCCUUUGCCAUGACAGAAGUAUGUGGCAUGAUUUUGUGCUAUAUUUGGCUCCUGGUUCUUCUUCUUCACAAACACAGGUCAAUACUUCUUCGAAGGCUCUGUAGUCUGAUGGGCACUGUAUUCUUGCUUCGCUGCUUUACCAUGUUUGUGACCUCCCUCUCCGUGCCAGGACAGCACCUGCAGUGUACUGGAAAGAUAUAUGGCAGUGUAUGGGAGAAACUGCACCGGGCCUUUGCCAUUUGGAGUGGCUUUGGGAUGACCCUAACUGGUGUUCACACUUGUGGAGAUUACAUGUUCAGUGGCCACACAGUCGUCCUAACUAUGCUGAAUUUCUUUGUCACUGAAUAUACACCAAGAAGCUGGAAUUUCUUGCAUACUUUGUCCUGGGUUCUCAACCUCUUUGGAAUCUUCUUCAUUUUGGCUGCCCACGAACAUUAUUCCAUUGAUGUGUUUAUUGCCUUUUAUAUCACGACAAGACUCUUUUUGUACUACCAUACUCUAGCCAAUACUAGAGCAUAUCAGCAGAGUAGGAGAGCAAGAAUUUGGUUUCCCAUGUUUUCUUUUUUUGAAUGCAAUGUUAAUGGUACAGUACCUAAUGAAUAUUGUUGGCCAUUUUCAAAACCAGCAAUAAUGAAAAGAUUAAUUGGAUAAAGUCAAUCUUUAUAAUGGGUUCAUGAUUAAAUAUACUGUAGUUGAAAGUGAAUAACUUUGCUUUCUCCCCCUAAGCUGUUCCUGGAUUCCUUGCUUUUUGGCUUAUAUGUUGACAAAGUGAAGUUUCAUGUUUUGAGCAAGGCUGUGAUUAUAGAAAUCAAGAAAGAGCAGUCAAGAGUCCUUACAUAUUCGUUUGAAUAGGAAGCUUAAGUAGAUGUUUCUGACUCUUCUCUUUUGGCAGAUUUAAUGUUGUGAUUGAAGUCAGGCUGUUACCCUCGCCUGUUGAGUACUUGUAUUGAACUUAAGCAAUUUGCUGGUUGAAAGUGUUUUUGUUUUGUUUUGUUUAACUUCAUUAGGACUCUAGUCAAGAAAUAAUUUUUUUAAGCUCCUCAUUAUCUUCAAAGAAAAACCUCCAUCAAAUGAGCAGUACUUUUCUUUGAACUAAUCUUUUUAAAAAUGCAACUGUAGAAAGUGAUCUGUAUUACUAACAAAUAAUUUUUGCCUUCUGAACCAUCUUUAAGAAAAGUAUACUGAACAUACCAGGAUGCCUGAAAGAAGAAGAGAAUGGAAGAGGCUGUACAUGAGGUGACAAAGUACAAAUAUAGUACUGGCAUUUUUCUCCAAAGGUGCAACAGAAGAUGCAGUUCUUAUUUUGUUCUGAGGGUUUAGUGUGACCAUCAGUAAGUGUUUAUGAGGGAGAAAUGGCUGCAUCCAUAAUAAUAAAAUUGGCUUAAUUUUAGUCAGGUAGGUACCUGGAACAACUUUGUGCUAUAGUUAGCUAGACAUAUGACAGCCCAAUUUUAUGCCUUUAAGUGAUGUUAUUUAAUGAGCAAAAUAGUGGAAUGUUUUACUAAAUGUUAGAUAAAGUUCUAAUGUCCGUGAAUAGGGAGGUAUGCAUGCAAAGAAUAUUUUUUCUGUGUUCGAAAAGAACUUUAUUACAGGUUGCAGGCAUAAUACAACUUUUUGGUUUUUGAAAUUUGUCAUUCUUGGCCAUCAGAAGUGAACAGUGUCAGACAUAUUUGGAUAUGAAAAGGUUUUGUUAUUUUUCAUUUUUAAAUAUAAUUGUGUACAUACAUUCUUUGGUCUUAAUUUGGCAGUCAGAAAGUGAUACAACAUAGUUGCUGUUUACAACACUAGAAAUUUAGUACCUUAAGUAAUUUGACCAUUGUGAAAACAUUUGUCACUUUACUUUUUAAUGAUUUUGGUUAAUAGUUAUGACAGUAGAACAGUUAUGGAAUUGGAUUUUGAGCCCCAACUGGUUGAGCUUAGCUACUUGGCAUAUUAAUUGUAUAGUUUUUACAUUCCAUUUUAAAACAAGGAGUCAGAAAAAGUGCUGGCAUAUUGAGGUCUAAAAUUAGGCCGCUUAGAAGCCCACUGUAAUGUGGGUGAAAUAUUUUAUUUUUGCACUUUGAGUCAUAUUCCCACCCCUGUAUAAGUUACAGAGGAUCCUGAAUGGAUUGGACAGGAAAAGAAUAUUAUGCAAACAAGUUUCAACCAGUGCUGAAUGACCCCAAUUUGAGUCUACUCUUUUUUUUUGUUCUUGAGUCUACUCUUAACAUUAUUUUUUCUCACUUGAGAAAUGGUACAAGGCAAUUCUAGUUUUAUUAUGCAUUUAAAUCUAAUACUUUAGAAUCUUAUAAUAUCUUAAAUUGUUGAUUCUAAUAUAUGCAAGAGACAAAAAUGUCAAUGUUUCACUAAGGAAACUGCAUAAACAUGAGGGAUGUUUCCUGUGCUACCUAGAGUACUUUGACCCUUGAGAUAAAAAAAUGUGUAACUGCCAUUCUUUCUAAGGGACAAGUAAGACUGUAUUUAGCUAGGGAGGGACGAAUGUUGGCUUUUGGAAAAAUGUUUGAAAAAAAUCUGUGGCAACAUUAAUUCAAGAAUGUCAGAUAGUAACUUAAUGGUAAAUUUCCUAACAUCAGUGUUCUUUCCUUCUUAUGGAUUCUAUUCUAGAACAAAAUAGAAAAAAAAAAUUGCAACUAACUUUGCAGAGCUAAUGACAUUGAGAGUGCCUAACAGUAGACUGCAAUGAAGAUUAUAAAAUAAGUUUUCAGCUUUGCAUUUAUCAUAUUUGAUUUGAGGUAAAGGUAAGGUAAAUUUACAUUUUAUUGUUAUAACUAAUACAAGGCAGUGUUUACAUAAAUUCAUCAUCUCCAAGUCUCUUUCUUGGAAAACUUUGACACAAAAUUAUUUUCCAUUUUUUUUAAUGUGAAACCUAUAUUGUAGUUGUUUUUUGUUUUGUCCAGAAAUUUCCAGAUUUUGUCUUUGUAUUUUUUUUUUUCUUGUCAAAGUGUAAACCAUUGGAAGAGUGGUAUUUAUAUUCACAUUUUGGUGUGAAUGUGGCCAGGUAGAAAAGCUCCAUGCCUUAGAUCUAUGUAUUUUUUGACCCUCUCUACAGCUGCAGGCUUAUGAGAGGCUUAUAUCCUUAAAUACUGAGACCUCAGUAUAGAAGGAACCAAGAAGGCUUUUGGUUUGGGCAUACAAACUGGAGAUUAUAUUGAAAGUCCUUGAUUCAUUUCUCUAUACUCCUGGGGGCAAUAUAGUCUUUUUAUUCUUUUCUUUUUUCUUUUCUUUUCUUUUCUUUUCUUUUCUUUUCUUUUCUUUCUUUCUUUCUUUCUUUCUUUUUGUCUAUGCAGGACAUUGUUACUGAAGGGUAAUUGAAGUUCACAAGGAGUAGGAGGUUUUGAAGAAGGCAAGUGUGCUGUUAUCACUGAAUAAUUUGGGAGAAAUUAUUUGGCUGUGCUGCAGAAUUCUCAAAUGGCUAUCCUCUCCAUAGUUCUCUAUGGCCAGAAUUGCUAGGGUAAAAAUACAACUUCCAUAUGCUGGGUCUAUUUAGUAGUUUGUUGAUGUUUGUUUGUUUUAAAUCAGAGAGCAAUGAGAAUACCCUUAGAACCAAUCAGCUAAAGAAAUGUGAAUUGUUCAUGAGAAAAAAAUCUGUUGACUGAGAGACCUUCUGGUUGUGUAACUCUGACACUGCAAGUGGUAUGUUUUCUUACUCUGUACCUGCGUGUUGUUACUUAGAAUUCCAAAAAUCUUAUAAUUUGUAAACAGAACAGAGAAGCCAAGUCCUCUUAUAGCCAAAAUGAAACAGUCUGUUGGAAAAGUGUUAUUUAUAUAUUCAAAGUCACAUUCAUAACAGUAACCUGCUUUGAGUGUAUUCAGCAAAAGGCAAUGCAUCAUGAGUUUUUUAGUAAACAUUUUUUAAAGAUUCUUAUUCCAAAAUGCUUGAGAACGUUAACCAUAUUCUUGUUUUAAGUUCUGUGAUCUAAUAAAUUUAAUUUUUUGGUAGUCUUUUUGUAGACUUAAGUUAUCCCUUACUAAGAGUAAUUACAGUAAUAGUCCUGUGUCAGUUCUUUCAGGUAUUCAGGCAUUUGAGACAAGAAUAUUCUAAUAGUCCAAUAGCUUUCUUAAACUGUAUUGGUUUCUUUUAGAUAGUUUCAAAGCCAACAAAGCAUGUCAGUUUUAAUGCCAUCUUCAUUUGGCAGUUAAAGAUGGUUUGCAUUUGUAAAAAGUGUAGCCUGAAUUAUCCUCAUACCUCUCUAGAGACUUGUUAGUAACAUCAAGUCAGACUGCUUCAGGUGACCAGUGAGAAAAGAGAGAGGUUGAGGGUUUUUCCCUCUUUGUGUUUGAGUGGCUCUGAAUGACUGAAAUUACUGUGAAAGUAGGUUUUGGUCUUCCCUCUCACCUUUCACAUCCAGUAAAUGCUACCAAUUUCAAGUAAAACGUGGCUUAUAUGAAACCUAUAAACCAUAAUUCAGCUACCAGUAAAGGUGUUUUUAGAAUGUGUUCUACCCUAAAUUAGCCAAAGACUUUUUAUUCAGUAUUCCAUGUUAAGCAUAAGGAAGGGGAGAGAGAUGGAAUACUAUGAUCAUUUUAUUAUUUCAGAUGUUUCAGUAUGAACUGGGUUGUCUGAAUGGCUGCCAAGCCAUGUUAAUAAUGUCAUCUUAAAAAUGCUUAAUUUUAAUAAUUUUUUAUCUGGAGAAUCUAUGGACUGUUAGGACAAUUGAAGUAUUUCUGAUAUGGAACAAAAGAAGAACUGGUACUUAGUGGGGGAGGCAAAAUUAGCUUGGACUAAAGUGGGCAUGUUUUGUUUUAAGAACUCUACCUAAAUGUAACUCUGUCCACAGAGAAACUAGUAUUACUUGAAGAUGUGAAUGUUCCUGUGGUAGCCAUAUCUUGAAGCACAGUGUUGUAUAUAAGUAAAUAUAUUGAUUCUAAAUUAAAUCCAGAUUUAACUAAUAUAUUAUUUUAUAUCUUUGUUGUAUUAAAAUGUUUAAAAACACUAAAAAUAAAACAUUUGAAAGUUGAA